UUGAGCUGGGACCAUGUCUGGUAUUGUGCUUUACGGAUUGGACAUUAGUGCUCCAGUAAGAUCCUGCCAGCUGACGCUGCGAGCCCUGGAGUUGGAGUACGAGUUCAAGGAAGUGGACUUGCUGGCGGGAGAGCAUCGCAAGGAGGAGUUCCUCAAGAAGAACCCCCAGCACACCGUUCCGCUGCUCGAUGAUAAUGGGGUCCUGGUGUGGGACUCACAUGCCAUCGUUUGCUAUCUGGUGGGCAAAUAUGCCAAGUCGGAUGAGCUCUAUCCCAAGGAUCUGGUGAAGCGUGCGCUGGUUGAUCAGCGUCUGUACUUCGAUGCCAGUGUUCUGUUCAUGGCCCUUCGGAACAUCUGUGCUCCCUAUUUCUACAAUAAUAUCACGGAGAUUUCCCGGGAGAAGGCCGAUAAUGUACGGGAUGGUUAUGGUCAUUUGGAGACCUUCCUGGGGGACAAUCCCUACGUAAGCGGGGAUACCCUCACCGUCGCGGACUUCUGCUGUGCUGCCACAGCCUCUUCCCUGCCAGCUUUUGUCCAGCUGGAGGCCGACAAGUAUCCGAAGGUCACCGCCUGGCUGGAGCGCCUCCAGGAGCUUCCCUAUUACGAGGAGGCCAAUGGGGCUGGGGCCAAGAAGUACGUGGACUUGCUGAAGGACCAGCUGACCCUUCUAUAAGCAGUCUUUCCCACAAGUACCGAGUGCGUUGCUGCAUCAAUUUUUAAUUCUUAGCUAAUUAAAGAAAGUUGUUGACAAACGUGGGGCAUUGCCCACACUCGCAGAAAAAUUCGGGAUGCCAAAAAGAAAUAAAUGAAAAAU